CAUCAGUCGGCAUUUAAUUUGUUAGUUGAAUGAUGCAGUCGAGAGAUGAGAUGAGAGAUGAGUCAUCAUCAGGUCUCGUCCUCACCACUGACCCUAAGCCUCGCCUUCGCUGGACCACUGAGCUACAUGAACGCUUCGUUGACGCCGUCUCUCACCUUGGAGGCCCUGACAAGGCUACACCAAAGACGAUAAUGAGAGUAAUGGGUGUGAAGGGUCUCACGCUUUAUCAUCUCAAGAGCCAUCUCCAGAAGUUCAGACUUGGAAAGCAGCCUCACAAGGAGCAUAGUCAAAAUCACUCCACUAGUAUUAGAGAUACAAAUAGAGCUUCCAUGUUGGAUCUUCGAAGGAAUGGUGUAUUCACGACUAGUCCGCUGAUCAUUGGUCGCAAUAUGAACGAGAUGCAAAUGGAGGUGCAAAGAAGGAUAGAGGAAGAAGUAGAAAUAGAGAGACAGGUGAAUCAAAGGAUAGAAGCACAAGGGAAAUACAUGGAGAGCAUGUUAGAAAAAGCAUGUGAAACCCAAGAAGCAAGCCUCACUAAAGACUACUCUACUCUCUUUUUCGACCGCACCAAUAUUUGUAACAACACAUCGUCCAUCCCAAUCCCAUGGUUCGAGGAUCAUUUUCCUUCCUCUUCCUCCAUGGACUCUGCGUUGAUUCUCCCCGACAUCAAUUCCAACUUCUCCCUGCAAGAUUCUCGGAGUUCGAUCACUAAGGGCCGCACGGUUUGUCUCGGCUAGAGAAGACAUAUAUAGAUCUAGCACGGUUUGUCUCGGUUAGAGAAGACAUAUAUAGAUCUAGCUAUUUGACUCUUUCUACUCUAGUUUCUAAUGCGCACUUUGGUGUAUAAAUUGCACAAAUUUAC